CAAGAGAAGAUCUCCAUGAUAUGGAUUUAGAAGCAACAGUUUUACCAAAGAAAAGUGAAAAACGUAAGAAGCACACUGUGUCUGAGCUAGAACAUUCAACUCUGGGAGACAUGAUUGACAUUGGUAACGGAGAGGCUGCCGUCGGAGUUCUUCUUGAUGACGAUGAUUUAAAUGAACCAACCAUGGGGGAAAAACUCGCAACUUUAAAUUUAGAUAUAGCAAAGAGAAACGAAAAUGAUGAGUCUUCUCUCGCUGCAAAGCCUCCUAGUGCAGACUCUGUUCAUGUUUUGCUUAAGCAAGCAAUGCAUGCUGAUGACCGAGCGCUUCUGUUAGAUUGCUUGUACACCCAAGAUGAAAAGGUUAUUGCAAAAUCAAUCUCACUCUUGAAUCCAUCAGAUGUUUUAAAGCUUUUACAGUCCCUCAUAUCUAUUAUUCAGUCAAGGGGUGCAAUCCUGGCCUGUGCCCUUCCAUGGCUGAGAUGCCUACUUCUUCAGCAUUCAAGUGGAAUAAUGUCCCAGGAAUCUUCUUUAGUUGCUUUGAACUCUUUGUAUCAGCUCAUAGAAUCCAGAGUGUCCACUUUCCGAUCGGCUCUUCAACUCUCAAGUGUGUUGGACGUGCUUUAUGCAGGGAUUGUUGACGAUGAAGUGGAUGAAAGCGACGCAAUCGUGCCAGUUAUUAUUGAGGACAAAGAUGAAAGUGAUGAAGAGGAAUCUGAAGACGCCAUGGAAACUGACGAAAGCAGCGAAGACGACGAGGCUUCUGAUGAAGCUUUUGGUGGUCUUGGCGAUCUCGAAGGAGACAACGACAUGAGCGAGUAAUAUACAGACUACAAAUUUUAAGGGGAAAUUUUGAUGAUUUGACUUCUGAUGGUAGCGAGAAUAUGAUAUUAUGUGUGUGGAUUAUGACGAGCAAUUAUGUAUUAACUAAAAACAUUCCAGAUGAAUGAGAAAUCUUGCCUAGUGUUUAUCUCUCC